AUGCAAAAACGCAAAAUAUCCCAGAAACUAGAUAACCAUCUAGUUGAAAUCUCUUACAUACUCCCAACUGUUUACAACAAAAUAUAUGAAAUUUUUUUAAUAAUCAACAUCAACAGAAGCCAAGAAAACUACUACACACUAUACUACAUUGAGUCGCCAGAAAAAACAGAAAUCAUUGAUGCAGACGACACCACAUCACCGAAACCAGAUAUCUUCGUCACUAAGCAAAUCAGGUCAAUCUCUACAUGUGAAAGACAAAUGUUAACGCGACCUAGUCAAAAUUAUAAUUGUGAAUCACUCAAAAGAAAAAUCAUCAAAGAGGGCGGAGUAAUAACAAACAACUUUACGUUCUUUAAUGAACCAAUCAACAUCAAAGUAAUCAAUUGUGAAGUGGACAAUAUCGUCAAACAACUCCAUAUCAAAUCCGCAGUCGUUAUAAAUACACAAAAAUGUCAAUUCAAUAAAGACGGGACAACAAGACUGGCUAUUCACAAGGCAAAUUGGACUUAUCUCAAUGAAACUAUCAACGACAACGACAACUUGCAACAAGUCAAAAUGAAAAACAAAAACGAAAUCAAUAAAUUAGAAGAACAUCUGUUCGACGAGAUAAAAGAUGUUGAAGCACACGAAAUAAAAUCAACCCCAUACAUCAUUGCAACGACGUCACUACAUAGGCAUUCUAAUGAUAACGAUAAUCAUAAUCAUAUGCAGUCUGCGCAUCAAAAAAAGACGACAUAG